CCCCGCCAUGGCCGCGCCGCGCCGGCUCCUGGCCCCGCUGCUGCUGCUGCUGCUGCUGCUUGGGCUCGUCCUGGCCGCUCCCGGGCCGCUGGGGAAGGCGCCGGACGGGAAGGAUGCCCAGGACGGUCUCACCCGGAGGCUGGUGCGGCCGCGGGGUGCACGGCGUGGGACCAGCCAGCGACCGGGGGGCUGGCGGAGGUACCGGCGGCCCCGGCCCCGACUCUCCCACAAGGGCCCCAUGCCAUUCUGAGCCAGGGCUGCCACCAGUCUUCCACGGACACGGCUUCCAUUGCUUGCGCCGCGUUCUCGCCCGAUCUGCUCGUCCUCUGGCCCUGAGCCUGGCGUUCCCCCUGUAAGCCCUCUGCCGGCCCCACCUUCUCCCGGCGGUUGGCCCUGGUGGUCCCGGUGCCAUGUCUGGCACUGUGGGUGCAUUCUGCCCCUCCUCACUGCCUCGCAGGGCCGGCUGGAUGGGGGUUGCCUGCAGAGGGGCCAGGGUUGCCACCAUGACCUGUCCCGGUGGGCAAAGGAUUGGCUCGGGCAUCGGCCCGCUGGGACCACAGGCUUUGUGGAAAGCACUUUGUCAGGCAGAGCAGCUUCUUCUCGGGGGUGUGCGAUCUCCCUUGGGGUCCUGCCCCAGCCCUGUCUGUCACCCCCAUGCCAGGGGGAGCACACAGCUCGUCCUGGGUCUAUUCCUUACCAUGGUGCUCAUCCCACACCCUGGGUGAGUUGCGCUCCCUUUCCCACUGGCAGACUCAUCUCGUGGUGGAGUGGGGUGCCCAUCCAGGACACACUGUGGGGCCCUGGGCUCCCUGCUUCAUGCCAUGGGACAGUAGGAAUAGGGGGGCACUGGGAUCUCUGCCAUACACCAAAGGAGGAGCCCUGGCUCUGACCUGGUCCCUGCUGAUUGUCUCCUGUGUCUGUAAAGAUUUAUUUCAUGUAAAUACAUCUUUAUAAUAAAGAGUUAUGAUUAUUAA